ACCCUCCCGACCUCCGACUCCGUUAAUUUCCCACGUAAUUUACAAGGUAUUUAAUAUUCAUUCGAAUUAAACUACGAGCGGUGCACAACGCUUUGUACGAGGGGGAGAAUUAUGUGACCUCAUCGUUACAACAUCGCCAAUGCACAGAGGAUUUAUCGGAUGGAUGUGCCGAGGUUUCCACCGCCCCCAAAACCGCCGCGUAAAAUGAGCGAAGAGAAGGCAGAGCGAUUCGAUUUGACAUCGUUAGCUUCAGUGCCUCACGAGACUCCGGCGUCGCGACGCCGACAUGCGAUCGUCCGUGGAGGAGUGCGAAGCGCACGUGGUGCCGUCGGAGAAAACGGUGCUGCUGCCGUUUAUAGUUUUGGUGCAGGUCGUUGCAGGUGCUUCCUCAAGAAUUUGGUUCAUCCCAGGAAACGCACCACCCGACGACGCGUCACCGAACUCAGGCUAAAGAUGACGGAGCGUCGCGACGCCGACCCCAACGCCGAUGCCGACGACGACGUCGUUUGCGCUCCUGGUGUGCAGAGUUCGACGCGCUCUCCGAAAUUGACGGAGCGUGUGAUGGAGGGCGAUGUCGAGGCCAGGCGACAGGUAGAAACCUCGAGAUCAACGGGGGUGCAAACGUGCACAACGAUGCCCUAUCGUCUGAGAAUGCUCCCAUCGCUCGCGGACGUCCCUCACCUCGAAGAGCCCUCCGAAAAUCCAAAGAAACCGUCGAGAUUUCGGAAACAUCUGAGAUUUCUUGCGAGGCUUACUUUCUGCCAGUUUGGACUCGCGUGGCUUCUGAGCCUUUGGGCGGUCGCAGGUGCAGCCGCAUUUUACAGUACGGAAGGUCCACGCGAACGAGAACAAGUAGCGGAAUUAGCGGCGAUGCAAAAAGAGUUGGCAAUAAGUCUGGCUACGGAAUUACGGCAGAUUAAAGCCGAGGAACCGAUAUGGGGUAGCACCGUGCAACGUUACGUUGUGAAACAUGAAAAUCUUCUACUCGCAGCCGUAAGUUCGGGGUACGGAGAAAGUGGAGGAGGAGGAGGUCAGGUCUGGACUUUUCCUGGGUGUUUCCUAUUCGCCGUAUCACUCCUGACCACUCUGGGAUUCGGCGCACCUGUCCCCCGUACCACACCAGGUCGAACAGUCGCGGUGGUAUUCGCGGCGAUUGGUAUUCCGGCGCACUUUAUACUGAUCCUGAACAUCGGAAUUUUUCUGGCGGUACGCCUCCAGGGUUUCGCGACCCGGAGAAAAGGGAAGAAAACCGAAAAUCCAGACGAGGACGUGAUCGCGGUACCGCUAUGGGUCAAGAUAGUUCCGUUCGCUUGCAUAGGUGGAUACUAUCUCUUGGGAAUAACUUGCUUCGGAGCUGGACGUCUAAGACCGAUUGCAGCGAGUUUGUUGUUCCCAUUGGAUUUCACCGCAGCCGGUGGUCUCGCGACGACCUCCGGUCCCGUGAGGAUCGCGUACGCUAUUUAUUUAGAGGGUGCUGUAACUAUAGCUGCAGUCGCAGUGGCGAUACUACAAGUAUCGGCGACCCAAGGCCUGACUAAUAUAGGAUUAAAGUACGGCCUUCUUACGAACACUUAGUAGACUUGUGCAAUUUUAACCAAAAGUCGCGGAUGAUUUAAAUAUUCCAGAAUUGAAUGAAUGUCAGAUAAAUGUGUGUAUCCAUAUAGUUGUGUAUGAUAUCGUUAUAUGUGUAUGUAUGUACGUACGUAGGAUUUUUUUAUUCGCUUCGUAAUUAUUUUACCGUGUGUAACGCUGUCUCAAAACUACGGGAAAUGGAAAUAAUGGGUUCCUUUCUAUAGAAUUUUCAAAAUCAAACAUAUCAAUCGAACGUCGGGGUAACUUCUAAGUAUCCCAAAUCAAAAUAAUGAUAUCGAAGUUUUCUGCAUUUUUUUGCAAAAAGUUAAAGCAACUUGCUUCUUCAUGGAUUAUCAAGACGAUGUAACGUAAAUUUUAUCACAUAAGUUAUUGACAAUUGCUGUACACAAGUGUGAUACCUUAGUGCUUUUAUAUUUUAUGACCACUGUUGACAGUAAUUUAAAUUAUGUAAAGAAAUAUCCAUUGUGUAUUUUAAACGAAUAAACAAUCUAGUUAUUA